AAUAUUUACCUUGCACCGGUGUCAAUUUUUGAAAAAUGUCUGCAAAUAUUAGCACGGAAGAGAAAUUAUUAUCAAUUAUCGAUGAUAUUGAAUUAAUUUCAAAGGAACUAAUUGAAAAUGCUAUAGCACCAAAACAAUCGAAAAUAUCUGGCCAAGAAUAUGCAAAUUUAACGGAUCUGUUAGUGUUAAAAGAUAAACAAUUAAAAGAUACACUAAAAUUAGCUGGAGAACAAGCAAAAAUCGAUCAGAAAAUGAGUGCAAUCAAAGCUGAGGUUGAUCGACAAGAUCUCGAAAUAAAUCAUUUACAAGGACAACUCAAAGAAGCUGAGCAAAUAUUAGCAACAGCUAUAUUUCAAGCUAAACAAAAAUUACAAUCGAUAGCGAAAGCAAAUAAACGGCCUGUACCAUCAGAGGAAUUAAUAAAAUUCGCUCAUCGAAUAUCCGCAUCAAAUGCUGUAUGUGCUCCACUCACAUGGCAACAAGGUGAUCCACGUCGACCGUAUCCAACCGAUAUUGAAAUGCGUCUAGGCUUUUUGGGUCGUUUAAGUGAUCCAAUUAAUGGAAAUUUACCACAAACAAAUAAUUUAUCUGAUUUGCAUCGUACAACGGAUAUUCCUGCUUCGCAACAGAAUCAAUUCGCUUGGCAUCCAUCCGGUGAAAUUCAUAUUUCUGUUGGACAGGGUAGUGUUCCGAUGGAUACACGGAAUCAUAAACAAGAGAAUGAGGAUGUUGAGGUUAUGUCCACGGAUUCGAGUAGUAGUUCGUCUAGUGAUUCGCAGUGAAGAAAAAAACGUUUUUUACCAUUUUCUAAGUAAUUUAAUUAAAUG